AUGAUUUGGGUUAUUCCCAAAAUUCUGUCGAGACGUAUACCAGAAACUAGAAUGUCAAUCUAUGCACUUAUUGUGCCUGGUGAGGCAUCUGAAACCGACGAUGAAUGUCGAGAUAAUAGUGAAGGCGAAGAUCGUCGUGAUAUCGUAGAUUUCAGUGAGAUUCAUACGAAUGAAAAUGGUAUUGAUAAAAUGGAGAAUAGCAAAGUGGAUGAAGAAAAUCUUCGGCAACGAUUUUAUGGUACUCACAUCAAUGAGGAAAUUGAACGACGUUGGCAACAACUUUCGCUUGAUUCCUUUAAAUAUUCGAAUAAUAAAUUCGUGAAUCAAAUGAAACAACUCGAAUCGCUUCAAAAAACCAUUACAAAUUCACAGCAAAUCGUCCAAGAAGUAUCGUACAAAGUAAGAAUGGCAAUUGAAAAAUUGGGCGAUCUCGAAUCGAACAUUUGUUAUUUAAUUGAAGGAAUAAAAUUGGUCCCAUCCAUGGACAAUCUCAAGUGA